UCAUGACUUUAUUGGAGAGUUCACCACCAGCUACAGAGAGCUGUCCCGGGGGCAGAGCCAGUUCAAUGUGUAUGAGGUGACUCUGCUGUCUUUCAAAGUGGACUCAGAAUGCACGUUUGUGGAUUUCAUCAGAGGAGGGACACAACUCAAUUUCACCGUGGCCAUCGACUUCACAGCAUCCAACGGUAACCCGUCCCAGCCCACCUCCCUGCAUUACAUGAGUCCGUACCAGAUGAAUGCGUACGCCAUGGCUCUGAAGGCAGUGGGGGAGAUCAUCCAGGACUACGACAGUGACAAACUCUUCCCAGCGUACGGCUUUGGAGCAAAACUGCCUCCGGACGGCAAGAUCUCCCACGCCUUCCCACUG